AUGAAGGUGGCGACGGCUCAUCUGUUUCUCGUGCUGGCGGUGCCGCUCUGGCUGGUAUGUGCCAGGGUGCCGCUGUUGAUACAGUGUGCCCAAAGCCUCGGACUGCUGAUUCUGACAACGCUUGUCAGCUACUGGACAGUCUGGAUUCUGCGGCGGAAUUUGUUUCACAAGCUUGUCGGUGGGGACGGAAAAGCUGUGCUAAUAACAGGAUGUGACACGGGUUUCGGGCACCUGCUGGCAGAAAGAUUGGCCAAGGAGGGCUUCUACGUGUUUGCCGGCUGCCUAUUCUCUGACGGUAACGACGCCAAGGAACUGAGGUCCUCGUCGAACAUCCACGUGCUGCAGUUGGACGUCACUAAGGAGGACCAGGUGGAGCUGGCCUUGGAGGAGGUCAAGAAUAAAUUGGACUCUAGAGUGCUCUGGUCGGUAGUGGCCAAUGCCGGUAUGCCAAACAUGGGCCCCGUCGAGUGGCAGACCAUGGCUCGGAUUCGGUCUGUCUUCGAAGUCAACGUCUUCGGUGUGAUCCACGUCGCUAAAGUGUUCCUCCCGCUGCUGAAGAAUUCAGGAGGCAGGCUCGUCAUUGUCUCGAGCGGUUUAGGACGAGUGACCUUCCCCCCAACGACAAUCUAUUGCAUGACCAAGCACGCCUGCAUUUCACUGGCCGACGGACUGCGUCGGCAGUACUACGACCAGGGAAUCCACGUCAGCACCAUUGAGCCAUGGGCGUACAGAACGAAGAUGCUCAACACGGACCAUCUCGAAGCCACGCUCGACGCCGACAUGAAGAACCUUCCCGCCGAAGUACAGCGAAGCGUCUGCAACGCGACGCUGUCAAGGGUCAAGUGUCUGACCUCUGGCUUCCUCAAUGGUGCCGCGAGGGACGAUCCGAACGAAGUGGUGCACGAGAUGGCGCUGGCUGUCAGGGAGUCCACCCCCAAGGCCUACUACAUGGCUGGAGGCCACGUGGACUGUCUGGUUCGCUGGCUCUUCGGUGUCGUCCCCGCCGAACUCACCGACGCGUGGCUCUCACUUUUCUCUAAACUGAUUAUAUGCGGCGCAAGAUUGAAAGUAACCAAACCGUUCUUAGCAAAACCGGACUCGCGUGUGAAGUUUCAGUGAAAACCAUCGCGCGUCGUUGAAGGACUACAUUGGCGAUGUGAUCUGUUUCCUUGCAGGCGGAGAGCUUGAGGAGUCGAUCGUAGAACGGAUGAAAAAACCAAACACUGCAACUAAGGCUGUUAAAAAAGUGC